AUGCGGGGACUACUGCUGGCGUUGUUGCCGUUGGCGGCUUUGGCGAUGCCGUUCGACGUGCUGUCGUCCACGACCCACUCGAUUCCUUAUUCGGAUCCGCUGGCCCGCAACAAGUUGCUCUACGCCGCCGGCGCCGCCUACGGAACGAAUCCGCAACAAUGCCUCGUCAAAGGAUUCGGAGCCAAUGCCAAGGUGUGAUUGGGCUGGGAAACGAAACGAAGACCUUGUUCAGCUUCAACGGGUCAUCAACGUCCAUUGCGAUGACACGCCCAAGGACAUGUGUUCUGGCUUUUCGGGAGUCAGCGUCGACGACAAGGCCAUCAUCCUCUCCUUCCGGUAGGCUUCCGGAUGUCCUUCUCAGGACUUUUCGUUUGCAGAGGCACCAACAACAACAUCCAACUGAUCAUGGAAGGCCUCGAGACCGUCUUCACCUUCCACGUGAGUCUGGCUUCAUUUCCGAGUUAAUCUGCUUUCCGCAGUCGCCGUGGCCCGCCGGCGGAGUCGUCUCGCAGUACUUCAACACCGGCUUCAUGAACAUCUGGAACGGCGGCAUGAAGGACGACUUCAACACCCUCGUCUCCAAGUACCCCGGCUACACCCUCUACGUCUGUUUUCAUUUCCUUUUUCAACAAACUUAUAAUUGGAAAAUGUCAAUUUCGAGGCGAUGUCAAUUGAUUGAAGGUUGAUCAAUCUACUCUUCCGGCCAUAGUUUUUUUUUUCGUACUUAACUGUUUUUUUUUUCUUCUAAAAGCUGAAUCUAGUAUGAAAAGUGAUGCCUUUCGCUAUAAAAUAACUUGAAAAACAAUUUUGGAAUAUUUUCUCGACAAUCGACUCAAGAUUUAAGGUCAGUGGACUUGAUAAAAUAGUCACUAACCCAAAAUGCUAAAAACUAUUAUACGAAUAAGAAGUUCGUAAAAUAGCCUUCUCCUUCAGCGACAUACAAAAUUCCAUAGCUUUCGACACAUAUUAGGAUGUUUGAUUUUUUCUCACUGUUUCUUUUUUGCGAACAAAGCAAACUAGUGAUAACGACCUUCUUAUCAGAAACCAUUUCGUCACUCUCAUAAAUGCACUCGAGACGUCCGAGAAAGCUGUUGAGGAAAAAAAGGGAGGCACAAAAUAAUUUUAUUCAAGAGGGUUGGAAUUUUUGAAUUGUACCUUUAAGAAUGAAACAAACUCAAACGAGAGGAAGCUCUUUCAAAAAAAAAAGGAAACUUGAAGGAGAUUGUUUCAGAUCACCGGUCACUCUUUGGGAGGAGCCAUGGCCACCCUCGCCGCCUCGUUCAUCACCUACAACAAGCUCUAUGAUUCGAGCAAGGUUUUCGUUACAAUCAAUAAAGGAUGAGAAUAUGAUACCGGGUGUAAGGUAUCACGCUGAUUACUAGUGCAAGCUAAAAACUCGCACCCAAAUUUUUGGUAGGGUCAGGCCCUUUUUUGUAUUGUAGAAGUCGGGUUAAGAAGCGUCAAGCGAAAAACUAGAAAGAAAUAUACUUUAUUCGAAAUGAUCAUCUUUGAAUCGCAUCGCUUUUACGUUACUUGAUUACAGAGAAGCUCUAUAUAACAUCAGAAAAUAGAAACUAAUUUUCAAAACAUUGUUUGAAGAAUGAAAAAUAAUUAAUAUACUACAGGUCAUCAUGGUUACCUACGGACAACCCCGCGUCGGAGAUGCCAAAUUCGUCGCCGCUCACGACCAAUCGGUCAGCUUUUUCUAUAUUGAAAGUGAUCUGGCAUAAAAGUGCAGAACAUCGAAAAAUGAUCCCAAUUUUGAAAUAAUAGAAUAUGAUUUUGAAGGUUCCCAACAGCUACCGCGUGACUCAUUCCCGUGAUCCCGUGCCGCACUUGCCCCUCAAGAACAUGGAAGGCUUCACUCACCACAAGGCUGAGGUGUCUUUUCUUUCGAAUGAUGAACGUAUAAGAAAAAUUAUAAAUUUUUGCUCUUUCAACUCUAAAAAGUUUCCCAGAAUUUUUGAGAUUUCAUCUCGAAAAAAAAGUAGAAUCAAAUGUCCAGCUUUUCAUGAGAAGUUCAAAAUUGCUUUGACAGGUGUUCUACAAGGAGAAGAUGACGACGAGCUACAGAAUCUGCGACGACGUCGACGAGUCUUCGUUGUGCUCCGACGGCAACUUGCUCCCAGACUCCAGCAUCGCCGUUCGUUCCUCAUUUAUCUGACAAAGCAUCAUUUCUGAUACUUCAGGACCAUCUCCACUACUUCAGCAUCGACGUCAGCAACCUUGGCUACAGCAACUGCGCAUAG